CCAUCACCCAGGCCAUGAUGGCACAGGCAGAGUCAAACGAUCGCCUAUUCACCUCAAACGAGAUCAAAGAAUACUUGGAACGAAUCGGAUUGGAUCAGCAAGAAAUCAACGCCCUAUCACCGUCAGAAAAACUAAGAACACUCCAUCUCAAUCACAUCCUCAAUGUACCAUUCGAUACCACCUCAAUCCAUCUUCCCGCGAAAUGGUGGAUGAUGGAAUCCACAAACACCGAAGAGCAAGCAAUCACGCUCGACCGCAAGAAUCGAAAGAUAAAUCCGGAACUCGUCUCAGUCUACUGUGAUCAUACUUUCAACAAUAUCAUCAAGGAGCGUCGCGGUGGCUAUUGCUGGAGUUUGAACAGUUGUUUUGCAAGGCUGUUGCUUAGUCUGGGCUACCAAGUAUCGCAGCUCCCAGCGCGAGUAUACAACCAUCGAAACCAAGACCCGAAAGAAGCGGGCUAUUCCUGGACCCCAUUGUGCCACGAAUGUCUAUUGGUCGACACCGGAUCCGCCAAAUUCGUAUGCGACGUUGGCUUUGGAGGCGGCUCUUCCGCUUAUCCUAUCCCCUUUGAAGAAAAUCGCGAAAUCGACACUUUGACUGUUGGUGAAAAAUUCAAACUCGUCAAAGAGAAACCUACCGAUCUCGACACCAGCUCGACAAAUCAAACUGAAGGUUAUACUGUUCAGCGUUGGUGCGGAAAGUGGUGGAGUCCGUGUUAUCACUUCUAUCUUUCACCGAUAGUCUUUAAGGACCUAGCUAUAUUCAACUGGCAUGCGACGAGUCAUCCGGAAGCGCAUUUCCAAACGAGGAUGUUCGUCUCUCUCCUCCAAAAGGAUGGCUCGCGUCGCACUUUGUCUUGCAUCAUCGACGACGACGGCCACCAAAAUCAGAUCAAAUUGCAUACCAGAGAUCAUGUUGGUGCCAGUGAGAGUGAGGUCAGCUAUGUCCAACCAACAUAUGCUGAGCUAUUCAAGACUCUCCAACGCGAAUUUGGCUGGGGUCCAAGUCAGAUCAACACCAAGUAAGAUGGAUCUCGAAGUAAUGCCUACUAUCUCCUUUUGAGCUAUUUCAAUCGAUCUUUUGAGACAUAGCCUCAAACGAUGUGUGUAUCUUUCCUUCCCAGAUAGCCAAUCUAAGUCAUACCCAAAGCAUCCAUAUCUCUCUUGACAUUACUUUUUUACCCGUGGGCUUUCAGAUGUCCACUCUUUCUUGUGUGAUCUUCUUGUACUGACUUGGUUGAUGAAAAAAUAGUCUUACCCAUCCUAUGUCUGUAUAUGAAACUAUUUAUAUGUAGUACAAAUUCUUGCACAUGUCAUCCCAUCAAUAUCCUCAAAAAGUAGCAAUAUCCAAGACUUUGAUUCAUUGUAAGAGCCUCGUACUUUAAAUAUGAAUAGUUUUCAUGGUUUUGCAUUAAAUUGAAUGGUGAAUUUGAGUCUCAUUGCUAGGUU